AUGAAGGUGACAUCUCCGGCUCACUUGGCCGCCGUCUCAUCGGCUAAUCCCGAUGAUCCCGAGGUGAAACAGCGACAGCUGUUUAACCAUAUCGUCAGUCAUUACGGUCGAGUCCUGGCCGGGUACAAUCCGGCCCAAUUCCUCAUCAAUCUCGACGGUAAGGCCGGGACGGAGAUGGCCAGUGCCCAUGAUCUCCCGAAUCCGAUUCUCCGUGUCGCUCCCACGGGUGUGGCGGCCCAUGCAAUUAAUGGGCGGACCCUGCACGCUCUAUUCCGACUUCCGGUCAGGCGAGUCUCCGACGUGCGGUACCUCAUCAUUGACGAGAAAUCGAUGAUUGGCUUGAAGAUGCUGUCGUGGCUCGAUCAGCGUUGCCGCGAGAUCUUUCCCGCCAAAUCAGAUAUGCUUUUCGGGAGUCUCAAUAAUGUAAUGACGGGCGACUUUUUUCAAUUGCCCCCGGUGAUGAUGAAACCCCUGUACUAUGAUGGGCCGUUAAAGGACCCGCAGGAGAUCGCGGCUCGAAACCUCUAUCGCGCCUUUAAUCAGACGAUCGAACUCGACGUCAUUCGCCAUCAAGAGGGUCAGGAUGAAGAAGCCUCGGCGUUCAGAAAGGCGCUGGACAGUCUCUGGGACGACAGGGUUUCCGUGAACGAUUGGCAACUCCUGUCGACUCGUGUUCAGUCAGUCGUGUCGUCGGAGAUUCCAGCAUUUGCAGACGCCCUCCGUAUUUAUAGCACGAAGCAACAGGUGGCGGAUUUCAAUCACGAUCGCCUGCGAGAUCUUCGACGUCCUGUUUUCGUCGUCCAUGCGUCUCAUGAAGGGAUCAAGGCGUCGAAUGCGACGACCGAAGAAGCCGGCAACCUGCAGACGGCGAUCCCACUGUCAAUGGGCUGUCGAAUUAUGCUGACCGAGAAUAUCUGGACCGAACGCGGCCUGGUGAACGGCUCUCUCGGGACGGUGGAGGAUAUCAUUUGGAAGGCGGAUGCGAAUUGGCGGAAGGGCCCUCCAUUCGCGAUUCUCGUCCACUUUGACGGCUACGAGGGGCCUUCUCGAGGCGACGAAGGUGGCCAUUCUUGGAUGCCGAUCUUUCGCUCGAGGCGAGAUUUCUACUACGGCGCCGUCAGCUGUUCUCGGACACAGUUCCCCAUCACCAAUGCCUAUGUGAUCACGGUCCAUAAGGCGCAAGGAAUGACGGUGAUGAUUUUGUGGCGGGUCUCAGCUACGUCGCGGUGUCCCGCGUCAAGUCACUCCGAGGUAUCCUAUUCGAAGAGCCUUUUGAUUUCGAGCGUUUUCGAGUGA